GGCACAUCGUUAGAAUCAUCAUGGCUGACAAUGAGCCAAUGCAUGAUUCCGAGAAGAAAGAAGUUAGCCAAUUUGGCUUUAAAAAGCGGACUAAUAGACAGGCAUCAAGACGAAAACAAGCUUCAAGUAGUGAAGAGAGUGACAGUGACAGCGAUAGUGGGAAUGUGGCUGUGAAACGACAGAAGACACAGUUAAACAGAAACCCACUGGUUCAGUCGACAAAGAGAGCGGUGGUGACAAAUAAUGCUGACUACAGCAGUGAAAGCUCCGAGGAGGACCAGAGGCUGUCCAUGGUAUACAAGUCAAGUCGAACAGGGAAGCGAGAAGGGCCAGGUGACAUGGGAGCCACGGCCAUUGUGGAGAUAGACACUGCUCUAGAGCAGGAUGCACAAGCCAUCUUUGAGAGAGCUCAGAUCAUCAACAAGGAACUGAAGGGUAAAGAAGAUGACAAGCUUUACAGGGGUCUCAACAACUACGCUGUAUACUUUGAGAAGAAAGACACAGCGGCGGGAAAUGCUUCCAGUGGAAGUGUCAGGAAAGGUCCAAUCAGAGCACCAGCCCACCUGAGGGCGACUGUGAGAUGGGACUACCAACCGGAUAUCUGUAAAGACUUCAAGGAAACUGGCUUUUGUGGAUUUGGAGACAGCUGCAAGUUCCUGCACGACCGAGGUGAUUACAAACAUGGCUGGCAGCUGGAACGAGAUGAACAAAAGGCUAACAAAGAAGAUGAUCGGAACUACGAGAUCAGCAGUGAUGAAGAUGACCUCCCUUUCAAAUGCUUCAUAUGUCGAAAUUCAUUCAAGAACCCGAUAGUUACAAAAUGCAAGCACUAUUACUGUGAGAAGUGUGCACUGAGUCAUUACAAGAAAUCCAGACGAUGCUUUGUGUGUAAUGAACAAACCAAUGGUGUGUUCAACCCUGCUAAAGGUGAGUCUGUGUGUGAGCUAUAGAAGAUGCUUUGUGUG